UGUCUCCAGUCUCCGAUUCAGUUUGGUCGCGUACAGCAAAAAAUCCCCUUUCUUCCAACAGUCCUGCUCCCCCCUUCUAGCUAGAUCCAGACGACCGCGAAGCUCGAGCCCGAGCGAGCGCCGCCGCCGAGCCCCCUGUUUGGGGGCAUACGCCACGGUCUCGGAUGGGCAGCUACGACGGCUCCAAGCAUCACGCCCAUGGAGCUUGGAUCAAGCACUAGGAUCUUGAUUUUGGGCCACUCUUCACUGUACGCUCGACGGUUUGGUGCUAGCUCCACCGACGACCCUUGCCUGUAUGCCGUUCAAUCCACCGAGGUCUGAACUCUGAAUUGUUUAGCAGAUUGCCUAUAUAAAAGGAAACAUGCAUCUUUACCCGUCCACACCACCAUGUCUGGUGAGCGCAUCCACGGGAGCAAUGGGUUCCCUCCAGACAAAGUUGCGAACCAUUUUAGAAUACAAGCUGCUCAGAGGUGUUGGCCGCGACAUCAUUAUCAUCCAUGAUGUCCUCAGGGCCAUGCAAUCAUUCCUCCUCAUGGUGGCGGACACGGAGGAACAUGAACAGUUUGACAAGAGUUGUGCUGACUUUGUGCGGGAGCUCUCAUAUGAUAUUGAGGACAAGAUUGACAACUCCAUGUCACUUAUGCUCCAUCACGCCUGUCCCAAGAGUGGCAUCAAGAAGCACAUGAUCAAAUUCAAUAAUUUGUUACCCGUCAAGAACCGCCAUCAGAUAGCCAAAGAUAUGAGAGACAUCAAGAGCCAAAUCCUGGAGGCCCAUGAUAGAUGUGAAAGAUACUGCAGGGUUGAGGAUGUCUGUCCCGCAAGAACAGAAUUCGUUGACCCUAGAUUGUGCACAGUCGAUACAUGUGCAGCCGACCUUGUAGGCAUUGAUGGUCCGAAAUAUGAGCUUGUUAAGUGGCUGAGAAACGGGGAGGAUGAACAGAAGGUUGUCUCUAUUGUUGGUUGUGCGGGUUUAGGGAAGACAACUCUUGCCAAACAGGUCUACGACGAGCUUAGAAUAAACUUUGAAUAUCGGGCUUUUGUAUCAAUUUCACGAAGCCCUGAUAUGGCAACCAUUUUAAAAUGUGUACUGUCUCAAUUCCACGCUCAAGAUUAUUCUUCCGAUGAAAGCGAGAUUCCAAAACUCGUCGAUCAAAUCAGAGAUCUCCUACAAGAUAAAAGGUACUUUGUGAUAAUCGAUGAUAUAUGGGAUAUGAAGACAUGGGAUGUUUUGAAAUGUGCGUUAUGCAAGAAUAGUUGUGGCAGUGUAAUAAUGACCACAACACGUAUUUAUGAUGUAGCUAAAUCAUGUUGCUCUUCUAACGGGGAUCUUGUCUACAAUAUCCAACCACUUAGUGUUGCUGACUCGGAGAAGCUAUUUUUGAACCGAGUAUUUGGUCAUGAAAAGGGAGUUCCCCCUGAAUUGAAAGAAGUCUCGAAGGAUGUCUUAAAAAAAUGUGGUGGUUUACCACUGGCCAUCAAUGCCAUAUCUAUAUUGCUGGCUGCUGAGGAAAACAAAGAAGAGUGGGGUCACGUGGGACUCUCUAGUGUCUUUGCAGAAAGACACAAGAAGCCUGACAUUGAUGCUAUGAAAUACAUAUUAUCUCUGAGUUACUUUGACCUUCCCCCUCAUCUAAGAAGUUGUCUAUUGUAUUUGGCUAUGUUUCCCGAAGAUUGUUUGAUUGAAAAGGAGCGGUUAGUACACAGAUGGAUUUCAGAGGGCUUCAUUCGCUAUCAAGAUGGGGAAGAUCUUGUUCAAGUAGGAGAGAGAUAUUUAUAUGAGCUUGUUAACAGAAGUUUAAUAGAAUCAGUGGGCGUGCCAUAUGAUGGUAAGGCACGGUUCUACAGAGUCCACAAUGUUAUCCUUGAUUUCCUCAUGAUAAAGUCCAUGGAAGAGAAUUUUUGUACUUUGACAAGUAAUCAAUCAAGGCUAGAUUACAAAGUACGUCGUCUCUCUCUGUUUGCAAAUAAAGAUCCAUCAUGUAUCGCACAACUGGAUUUAUCGCAUGCUCGAUCUCUCGGUGCUUCUGGGCAUCUUGGGCAAUUAAUUUCCUCUGUGAAGUCAAAUGCUCUGCGUGUGCUCGACGUACAAGAUUGCUCGGAGUUGGGGAAUCAUCAUGUCAAAGAUAUUGGAAGAAAUCCUCUAUUAAGGUACUUGAACAUCUCUGGAACAGAUGUAACUGAGCUUCCCAUACAGAUUGGAGAUAUGGGGUUCCUAGAAACACUUGAUGCAUCAUUUACGGAAUUAGUUGAGAUGCCUGGAUCCAUUACUCGUCUAAGACAACUGCAGCGUCUGUUUGUUUCAGAUGAAACUAAAUUGCCUGAUCUUAUUGGAAAUAUGAAGAGGUUGCAAGAGCUUGGUGAUAUAAAUGCCUUCAGCCAAUCAGUUAACUUUCUGAAUGAGCUGGGCAAAUUAACGGGUUUGCGUAAGCUGGGAAUUAUUUGGGACACCAAUGAUAUUCUUAAAUCUGGCAAGGGAAGUUCCAAGGAAAAAAGGUUGGUGUCCUCCCUCUCUAAACUGGAUGCAGGCAGACUUAGCAACCUCUAUGUUACAUUUUAUUUGAGAGAAAAGGAUGGCUUCAUAGGACAUCCGUUCUUGCCUGCUCUCAAUAGCAUCCGAGAGGUCUAUCUCCGCCGUGGACGCAUGUGUUGGAUGAACAAAUGGCUGCUUUCACUUGCCAACCUAGAAAAAUUAUAUAUCAGUGGUGGGGAUGAGAUAGAGCAAGAUGAUCUGCGUACAGUUGGAAGCAUACCAACUCUGGUUGAAUUCAAGCUUUACUCUGGCUGCUUAGGGCCUAUCAUCAUAAGUUCAGGAUUUGAACAGUUAGAGAGGCUCGAGUUGAAGUUCAGUUUUUCGCAGCUGACGUUUGAAGUGGGCGCUAUGCCUAACCUGAAGAAACUUGAUCUCCAUGUUUAUUUAUCUAAGUUCAAAUCUGUUGGUGCUGGUUUUGAUUUUGGCAUCCAGCAUCUCUCCAGCCUUGCUUGCGUUUCUAUCGUCAUAUUUUGCGAGGGCGUCAGUGCUGCCUAUGUGGAGGCAGCGGAGGGAGCUUUCAAGAGCAUGGUCAAUGCACACCCCAACCCCAACCGGCCCAUGCUGGAAAUGACUAGAGAAUCUGCGGACUUCAUGUCACAGGAUGAGUGACAAAAUGGCGCUGGUCGGUGUUUCGGUGAAUAAUCAUGUACCUGUCUACAUUUCCCUUUCUCAGUUCUCUGUAAUAAUUGAAGUUAUUGAGUGAUCCGUUUCCAUUUUGCUCUAGUAUUCUGUAUUUUCACCCUUGUUUACAGUCUCAAUAAAUCUUGGGUGAUCUGUAACACCUGAUAAAAAACCAUUUGAUUUGAUGCCGUUUCAUGGUGAACUGUACUGUUA